UCGUCAUCAUCACCAUCGUCAGUAAGAGCAACAUCAUCAGCAUGGACAUGAAAAUCGAUCAACAGCAAACAACAACCGCUCAACAGGAGUUGGCAUCGCCAUCCGAGGUGCCAAAUGAUCCAGGGAAAAUGUUCAUCGGUGGCCUUAGUUGGCAAACAAGUCCAGAGAGUUUAAAAGACUAUUUUAGCCGCUUUGGUGCAAUUUCUGAGGCUAUGGUUAUGAAAGAUCCUGCGACGCGACGGUCGAGAGGAUUCGGCUUCAUAACAUUCAGUGAUCCAGCGAGUGUAGAUAAAGUUUUAGCUCAAGGUACACACGAAAUAGAUGGUAAAAAGGUCGAUCCAAAAGUAGCAUUUCCCCGAAGAACACAUCCCAAAGUAAGUACAAAAUAAUUGAUGAU